GGACCACGAGCUAUGGCGAGCGAGUCGAAGACCAACACGACCCUCGGGAAAGUCCGCGGGUUCCUCGGCGAGAUAUCCAUCGAGCCGAUUCUUUUUCUCUACUACAUUGGCCUGUAUUCUCGGUCGGUCGUGAGGGAGAACCUGAAGCUCGAUCGGUUCUGCCGGAUAACUCUGGGCUACGACGAGGAGGACUGCGCCUUGCUCAACGACGGUCAUCACGGGGACAUUCAGGCGGAGACGCAGAAGUUGGACAGCGUGUUCUACUUCUACGAGAAGGUGGUGUCGACGGUGGUUCCUCUGGUGCUCAUCUCCUUCACCGCCACGUGGAGCGACCGCCGCGGGAGGAAGGCGCUGAUCGUCCUCUCCUUCGUCGGGGAUCUUCUCUACAUCUUCAUCUACCUGCUGGAGUCCCUCUUCCCCUCGUGGCCUCCGCAGGUCCUCCUCCUCGCCUCCUUCCUGAAUAGCCUCGGCGGAGGAAUGAUGAUGCUCCUGAUGGCCUGCUACAGCUUCAUGGCGGACAAGACGAACGCCAAGACGCGCACGGUCCGCAUGACGAUCAUGAAUUCCAUCAUGCACAUGGGAGGCCCGAUUGGCACGGUCUUGGGGGCGUGGGUCUUCGCCGCCAAAGGCUAUGUUUGGGUCUUCGGUCUCGGGCUCGUGAUCAUCGUGGCGUGUCUCCUCCUUGUCAUCUUCGUGAUCAGAGAUAAAGACUCCAGUUCCGACAACAAGGAAGCCUCGAGCGACGUGGAUGUCAGGAAGGAAGCCCCAGGUCAUGCAAACGACACCAAGGAAGCCCCAGGUCAUGCGAACGACACCAAGGAAGCCCCAGGUCAUGCGAACGACACCAAGGAAGCCCCAGGUCAUGCAAACGACACCAAGGAAGCCCCAGGUGAUUCGAGCGAAGGAAAAACACCAGGGAGCCCCUGGGAUCCGAGGAAUAUCGUUGAUCUGUUUCGGGUUUGCUUCAGGCGCCGGCCCGGGCGAGGGCGGUCUCACCUCAUUGUCCUCAUGUUGAUAAUGUUGAGUCAGAUUAGCACGAUGCCCCACAACCUCUACCUGUGGACGCGUCGGGUGUACCUCUGGGACGAGAACCAAUACAGCUUGUACUCGACCGUCAACCAAGUGCUCGAACAGGCCAUGAGUCUCCUCGCGGCUCCUGUGCUGCACAAACUGGCCGUCCAUGACUGUUCAAUGGGAGCUGGGGUGGCGUUCAUCAUUUUCCUGAAGCUGCUCACGCUCGGCCUGACCACCUCCCCGUCCCAGUGGUGGGUCAUUUACCUCUUCGCCAUCAUGCCUUCCGGUAUUACUUCUGCUGCCAUCAGAGCUCUGAUGUCGAAGAUAUGCGACGCAGACGAGGUCGGGCGCAUCUUCUCCAUGUUGGCCAUCUUGGAGGUGUUGUGGCCGCUCGUCGACAGCGCCAUCUUCACCGCCGUCUACAGCUCCACCUUGGACUUCUACCCUUCGUACGAACACCUCGUCGGCGCCUUCUUCGGAUUCGUCCUCCUCACCGGGUUCCUUGGCCUCAGAUACUCGCUGGAACAAGUGAAGAAUCGGGCGGGUCGAAGGGCUGCUGAAGAGGGGCUGGCGGAGGAGGAGGGCGCCGUCAAGUCGUGUUGA